AUGACACUUCGGACGUGUGAAGUUACCAUCGACCAUGCGACCGAGCGCACGAGGGACCGUACACAUCGCGGGCAGAGCGGCCCAGGCGACGAGGCAUGUCAUUCACAUGCACCAUGGGAUGCUGGGACAGGCCGCUUGGCCGAAACUGAGGAGUUCCUGGGGACGAAGGACCAGAAAUCGGAUGACCACGACGUGCUUCAUGGUUCUGGAGGGGCGGCAAGAAGAAUCCCACGAUUCGUGCCGAUCGGUCGUCAGGGGUAUGCGCUGUGCGACGCGGUCAACAAGCAAUUCUACACAGGGUACGCCGCCGAAGUGGACCGACUCUUGGAUGCAGCGGGCGAGAUGAUCUAG